ACUCGCAGCUGCUCCAAAGACCAAGUCCCGGAAAGUUCCUCACCCGCCGGCGGGCGAGCUCAAGGGCGCAUUUGGGAAACGGCGGCUUGGAUGCCCAGGCUCCCGGAGUCUGCUUUGCUGAUCAUCUCCGUGCAAGACCCAGACCUCAUCAUGGGAAGUGGGCGCUACCGGCUCCUGGCUGCGGUGCUGCUGGUCGUGAGUGUGGAGCGGGCGCGACCAGGGCAGGGCUCCUGCAGGGACUGCCCGGCGGGUACUUUCUGUGGGAAAACCAAGACUCCGACCUGCAUCCCCUGUCCCUCCGAUAGCUUCUCCCGCAGCCCUGGACAGGAGGCCUGCAACCUGUGCCGGCGCUGCGAAGGUGUUUUCAGGACUAAGAAGGGGUGCUCCCCCACCAGCGACGCCGAGUGCAAGUGCGUCCCGGGGUUCCACUGCCGAGGGGCCGGGUGCGCCAUGUGUGAGCAGGACUGCGGGCAAGGUCAAGAAGUAACGGACCACGGCUGCAAAGACUGUGACCCGGGGACAUUUAACGAUCAGAAACGCGGCACCUGCCGACCGUGGACGGACUGCGCCCGGGCCGGGAAGGCCGUGCUGGUGAACGGGACGAAGGAGAGAGACGUGGUGUCCCUGCUGCUCCUGCUGGCGCUGCGGUUCUCGGCGGCGGAGCAGGGCCGGCGGAAACUCCUGUCCAUCCUCAAGCAGCCGUUCCUGAAACCCGUGCGAACCGCCCAAGAGGAGGACGGCUGCAGCUGCGGGUUCCCCGAGGAAGAAGAGGGAGAGGAGGGGGCACUGUGAAUGGGAACCCCGAAAGCUGCUGGGACGCGUUUGAGAAGAAGCGAAGGAGAAACAGGAGUGGCCCCACCAUCGUAGCUUUCGCUAUUGAAAUACACGGUCCUAGAUAAUACCCAGGGUUCCCCCCAACAAGUCCCUUUAAAUGUACCCCCUUCCACCGAGCAUGGCACCAGGCGGGUGGCAAAGGGCCAUCUUCCAGACGGUACUGGACAGGAUAGGGUUAGGCUUUUGUUUUGUUUUUUAAUUCUCACUCAAG